AUGCGCCGACUUUCUGUCCCUCUUGAUUUUUAUUCUUUCCCGUUUGCCCUCAAAGCCUGCGCGCAGCUUCGUUGGGGUUUUUUAGCUCGUUGUCUUCAUUGUCAAGUUUUGAAAUUUGGGUUCUUGUCGGAUUUGUAUGUUAUGAAUUCUCUUACUCAUGGUUAUUUGGUUUCUGAUCUGUUAACCGAUGCUUAUAGGGUGUUUGAUGAAAGUUCUCAGAGAGAUGUGGUUUCUUAUAAUGUGUUGAUUGAUGGUUUUGUUAAGUCUGGUGAUGUUGUGAAAGCAAGGGAGUUGUUUGAUUUAAUGCCUGUGAAGGAUUCUGUGUCGUGGAAUACGAUUAUAGCUGGGUGUGCAAAAGGAGAGUAUUGCGAGGAUGCUAUUGAAUUGUUUGAUUUUAUGGUGGAUUUAGAGAUUAAGCCUGAUAACAUUGCGUUGGUUUCGACACUUUCUGCUUGUGCACAGCUAGGAGAACUUGAGAAAGGAAAGAAAGUUCAUGAUUAUAUUGAAAGCAAUGCGAUAAAAGUGGAUUCCUUUUUGUCAACUGGGUUGGUUGAUUUAUAUUCGAAAUGCGGGUGCAUUGACGUUGCUCUAAAUAUAUUUGAGUUGAGCCUAGAUAAAAAUUUGUUUACUUGGAAUGCAAUGCUUGUUGGCCUUGCAAUGCAUGGUUAUGGUGAAUUAUUGUUAGAGUACUUCUCGCGAAUGAUAGAGUCUGGGUUAAAACCAGAUGGGAUUAGCAUUUUAGGAGUUUUGGUAGGAUGUAGUCAUGGGGGUCUUGUAGAUGAAGCAAGGAAGCUUUUUGAUGAGAUGGAAUCUGUUUAUGGAGUCCCUCGAGAGCCCAAGCAUUACGGGUGUAUGGCUGAUUUGCUUGGGCGGGCUGGGUUGAUCAAAGAAGUGACGGAAAUGAUAAAAGAUAUGCCUAGGGGUGGUGAUAUCUCUGCAUGGAGUGGUUUGCUUGGAGGGUGUCGGAUACAUGGGGAUGUUGAGAUUGCAGAGAAAGCAGCAAAGCACUUGAUGGAGUUGAAACCCGAUGAUGGUGGGGUUUAUUCGAUCUUGGCUAAUGUUUAUGCUAAUGCAGAGCGAUGGGAAGAUGUGGUGAAUAUUAGGAGAUCAUUGAGUAGUAACAGGGUGGUAAAGAAGAGUCCUGGUUAUAGCUUGAUUCAAUUGGAUGGGUUUGUACAUGGGUUUAUCGCAGGGGAUAGCUUGCAUUCUGAAAGUGAUAAGAUAUAUUUGGUUUUAAAUGGAAUAAGAGAGCAGCAAUGCGAAGUGCAAUUAUCGGCAGUGUUACUUGUGGUGGUCAACCCUGUAAAGAAAGAGACUUGUAGUGAAAAUGCAAAGAAGAAAUGGCUUGGCGGCUGUGAAAUCGCCCAUCUGAAUGCCAGCAGACCACGCAUGGUAAAGGGCAACCAAUCCUAUGGCAAGAAUGGGUAUAUAUGGGGUGGCAUCGCAGAGAUCUGUAUACUGGUUGAUCAGAAGGAAGAAGGCAAUCUGCUAACAUUAGAGCAAGGACUCCUACUAUGGACUCCUGGGGGCAUGUCAAUCUUCCUGAACUUAUCAGCUGAUGCAGAGUUGGACAAUGAAGUUAUACACAGAAUUCGAGCUGGUGAGCGGGAGAUCCAUAUCCUUCGCAAUUUGACAAUAUAG